CCUGGUUAUACCGAAAGAUUGAGAUAAAUUAUAACCAGCAGACAUCCGGCAUAUGCAGACAAUUCAGAAUAUGCCUUCGCAAAAGAUCAUUAUCGAUACCGAUCCGGGUAUCGAUGAUAUCCUUGCCCUUUUGUUGGCCCUUUCGGCCAAGAAGGAAGAAGUCGAAAUCCAGCUCAUCUCGUUGACCUUUGGUAACAUCGAAGUGCGGAGCUGUCUUCGCAAUGCUAUCUCAAUGUUCCAUAUCCUCGAACGCGAAAUGCAAUGGCGCCGUGAACAAGGAUUGAACGAAGGGUUCGAGGCUCUGCGGGCCUUCAAACCGGUCGUGGCAGUGGGUGCUGAGGAUCCGUUGGAGGCCCAGAAGAUGUUGGCUGAUUAUUUCCAUGGACGGGAUGGACUUGGUGGAAUUCACGCUAGUCACCCUCACCUCACGCCCAAGGAGACCUGGGAGCACCUCUUUGACCCAACUGCGGACGACCUUGCCAUCGACACCGUGCCAACAGGAGGAAACGUAUCGCAACGAUCAUUUGUCCCCUCCAAACGUCCCGCCCACCAGGAGAUCCUCCGUGUCUUGGCCGAGAACGAACCCGAAACGGUCACAAUUGUCGCUGUUGGUCCCUUGACGAACUUGGCAUUGGCUGCUUCUGCAGACCCAGAGACCUUCCUACGCGCCAAGGAGGUCGUCGUCAUGGGUGGGGCUGUGAACAUGCCUGGCAAUGUCACUCCGGUAGGUGAAUUCAACGCAUACGCCGAUGCCUUUGCAGCUGCACGAAUUUACGCUCUCACCUCGCCCCGGCCGCACACUACUCUCCCACCCAUGGGCACCCUUAGUCUCCCACCGUAUCCCACUCAACUCAGCAAGCAGCUUACGGUCCGCAUAUUCCCUCUUGACAUCACCGAACGUCACGGAGUCAAGCGAGGUCAGUUCCGGCAAGCAGUCACCCCCUUCCUGGAGAAAGGUUCCCCACUGGCCGAAUGGGUGUCGGCCUUCAUGACACACAGCUUCCACACCGUUGAGACUUUGAGUCCCGGAAACGAGGGCGAUGCGGCGGAGCUGAGCUUGCAUGAUCCUGUUUGUGUGUGGUAUGCAUUGACAGCGGCGGAUGCAGGCUGGAAGCCAUCUGCCGCCUCGCCAGAGGAUAUCCGCAUUGAAACGACUAGCCAAUGGGCGCGGGGGAUGUGCAUUGUGGACCGACGGAAUCGGAACAAGGUUGAAGAGGAAGAGGAGAGCCCAAGUGAUCACGGGCUAUGGCUGAACGCCAAGUCUGGAAACAGGAUCUUGCGGAUGGACGAGUCGCCGGUGGAGGCGAACUUCGGGGAGAUUCUGCUUGAGAGAGUGUUUGGCUGUUAGUUUGGACGAUACGCAUAAU